AUGUCCUACACUCAAACCCCACUAACCAACCUCGACCUCUGGUGCGAGUGGACCGGCGACCCUAACGAUGCCGUGGAAGUGGGAUUUGCCGUCGACGUAAGUGUACGCAUGACAAUUUAUCCUCCAAUCUACUCUACUGGAUAUGUGUAUCCUCUGACUGACUUCAUUAUCUCUUGUGUCUUGUUGGACCAGAUCUGGUGCACACCCGACAUGACCGCUCUCCUCCCCAUAUUGAACACGCGGGCUUACGAUCGUGUCACGUAUUCGGUCAUCGUUCUCAAGGGUGAGGGUGGGAUUGAUGAUGAGGAUGGGAAACUGGGCGAGCAUGAAUCGAAUGCCAAUGCCUACUACAACAACAAUCAAGAGCAAAACAGCGAAAUACCAUUCGAGACGCCAGGCGUGCAGACGCGGGAGAAUAAGAAUAAGAGAAACGGUCUGGGUCAGAGUCCGAGGUCCUCAUACGCCUUCCCCCGGCCAUGGCCUGUGCUUGCUACACCUCCUUCUCCUCAUCUGUCUUCUACACCAACUACACCCGCCGCGCCGACGCCUACGCCUGCUAGUACGAAUGUGAGUCUCAGUGGGGUGCGUUUUAUGUCGGCCGCCGACGAGGUUCUGGAUCAGGUGAGUGAGGGUUUGGAGCAAAUGGAGGACGAGGAGGGUAGGUCGAGGGAGGGGAGUGUUGUUGUUCAUGGGAUGAAUGAGGCGGAGGGAGAAUGUGGUGGUUUGGACUGUGAACAGGUUCGGGAGCAGGGUUUUGAGGUGGAUGACCACGAACUGCAGCCAAGCUCUCAGGAUGAGGGACAUGACGAAAACCAUGACAAUGACAAUGACAGAGGCCAGGACCAGAGCGAAGUUGACGGCCAGGACCUGGACGAGAACCCUCGUCACGAUCUUCUUGAGCCCAUCUACACUGGAGGAAUCUGGAUCACUGCUGAAGACGAUGCUAAAUCUCAAGCUACUGCCAUGAUUCCAGGUAGCCCCUACAACCCACGCAAACGCAGUGCGACAGUGGCUUCCUUACCUGAUUCAAUUUCUGACUCGGAAAGGGAGCCUGAAGGAUAUAAGCACAAGCUCGUGGCGGAUGAGUCUAUCGUAUUCCCCAGCAAAUAUGCGAACUGGCACAGCCGGCUUCCACGCCCAAUCAGUCUGAAAUCGCCCGUUGAGGUGAAGCCCGAGAAUGUCCCGCUGUCUCGAGAUUCUGUACCUGUGCUUGAAGUUGAUUUUCGACACUUCGGGCAAAUUGACUCCCUCGCAAAAGAAUGCGAUGUUCCUCUUGUCAAAAAGAAUUUGGAUCAACUGCCGUCCACCGCUAAGAAGGAAACUUUCAGGCCUGAGAUCGAGAGGCUUUCAACGGUUGUGAACACCGACACCCCAUCCCUGAAGCAGAGCAGCUCGCUUCCUGACUAUGAGUCUGACAGAGGAUCAUCUAGGAAUGAAGGUAUUCCUCUGGUGGGACACUCUCUUUCCGAACUUGAUGUCCCUCCAGAUACUCACGGAUCUAACGACCAACCACGACUUGUACUCAUUGACGGUACAUUCUACGUGCAAAGCUCACCGAAAGUCAACCCCGCAAUCUAUGAAGUGCACAUCAAGGUCUUGAUACAUGUCCAAAAGACAAGGCCGAAGGGUUGGAAUGCGCUGAUGAUCUCGGGGUUGCCAAGGCUGCGAGCCGGCGACUAUGGUUACAUUGUCCUUUGCACGCCGCUUGACCGGGGAAUCGAGUUUCGCACUACGCCAUUCAAACGUGCUCAAUUUGUUGAGGGUUGUUUGAUGGCUCAGUUUGCCACAUCCUUGAAUCUUGUUGUGUCCCUGCGGAUCUUCGACAAGGACUACUAUGGCUAUGUGAAGGACUUCAAGGUGAAGCAGAUGAUUCGAGCCGAUAUUAUUGACAAAAACAAAGAAAAUUUUCUGGUCAAAUACAAUGCAGUCUGCUCGGUCGAGCCGGUGCAGCGCAUUUUCCGCGCCGAUCAGUGCAGCUUCGUUAUCUAUGUGCACGGAGGUCCUCUUGGCGAGUAUGCUUGCGACUUGACCUCGUCUGACAGCGAACUCCAGACCAUCGACCUGAGCGCCGAACCAAGCUUUCGUCAACAUGGUCUCGCCGCGAUUGAGGUCCGUUGUCGGUCUUCCGACUUGGAGAAGUUUUUAGUGACAUGGUCAGUCGAACUGUCACGGACAGCCCUGUCGACCUGGCUACCUCGCAUCAAGGCCACUGCAAGCACUGAUGACAACAAAUCCGAGAUGGGCCUUAUCGCGCACUUAGGGCUGGUGGACCAGCCUGCCCUUCAACCAACAGAGAAGGAGAGGGAAGAAAAGGAGACAACGAAUGGCGAGGACCGUGAUUGCCCAAUUUGCAAACCGCCACACAUUGAUGGCAUGACCGAACCGGGGCCGUCUUGCAUCUGGAAAUCUACAAAGCGGUGGUUGUUGUUCUUGACCUUGGUCUGUUGGGUGCUCACCAUUGGCUUCUACAUGUUGGAAUGUGAACCCAACAACUCAUCUCCCGUAGAGAGCGUACUGGCAGAUAAAGUGCCACUGGCUGAUACGAACGUGGUUACCGGAAUGGAGAUUCCAAAAAUGGUGUGGGAGCAAAAUGAGCAACCGGAGGAGUUUAACCGUGCUGGUCUGAACGAGGAAGAUGAGCAGGAGGCGGUGGUUCCCACGGAGUCGUUUACUCUUCGAGAUCGAUUCGACCGUUUCUUCGGCUGGAGUGAACCUGCUAUUGUGCAACAUGCGUGA